UUUAAUGGGCCAUGUCAACCCGGGCAGGAUGCCGACCGGGCCAGGCCGUGUCAAUGCACGAUAACUACCGGGCUGUGCCGGGUUGUUUUGGCCCAAAAUAGAGGACUAGGAGGUAGUGCCGACAGAGGCACGAGCGCCUCCCUCGUCUUCGUUCCGUCUCUCCCCACAGGGAACCGCCGCCCGUCGCCUCCAGAUACGUGCCUCCGGCGGAAAAUCGGUAUCGAGCUCGCUUUGUUCGAGUGAGUAACGCGCAGCGACUCCUCUCCCAACCAGAUUUUGAUGGAUUUCGGGCACGCGUGGCACAGAUCUUCUGUAUAGCCAGCAAGGAGGCCUCUCCAUCUCCUCCGGGAAGCUAUUGUGCAGGCUGUGCAGCAAUGGAGAAGUAUAACAGCAAGACUCAGUUAGCACCCUUGAGAGAUACCCCAUUUGCUCUCCGUGGUGCUCUUGGUAGUUCAAGCUCAUACCUUGAGCAAGCCAGGGGCUACACGUCUUCCCCUCUAGCAGCUCUGCGACCAAAGAUGUCUUCUACUACUGGAAAUCGACUCCUGCACUCGAGUUGCCCCCUGUCAUCUCCUGUAGCAAACCGCCCGCUGUCGCCCCACCUUCCUCUGAAGAAGCCACAGUUCAGCGCGACUUUCUCAAUCUCGCAUCGUAUAUUCGGUGUCGCGUUGGGAGUUGCCAUCGUAUCUGUCCCUCUCGCCACCAAGUUCAGCCUAAUGUUUGGUGUCUGAGAGCGAUUUGCUGCGUCUCAAGAGAACCAUCAUUUUCCGUUUCUGUGUCUGUUUUUCAUCGUCUCGGUUACCUUGCGACACAACUGUAGGUGCCGUUGGAAUAAUAUCUUUGCCAUGCUUGCAGACUUGUGUAAUAAGUAAAUAAACCUAUAAAAUACCAGUUUAACUGUUUGAGGAGAUUUGCCUCAUUAUGGAUAUACAUGCUAUGAAAGUCGAUUGUCAUCGCAAUCUAUUAA